ACAAAAGCCCAGAAGCAAAGACGAAUCUUGCCGUCGGCACGGUUCCAGCCCGCCAAAGAGAUUCCAGCGUGCCGCCAGCGUUCACGCCUCUCUCCCCUCCCCGCCAGCCAGCCAGCCGCCAGAGGAGGAGGAGGGGAAAGUGGAUCGACGAUGAUGUGGGGAAUAGCAGCCGCCGUGGCGUCCGCGGCCGCCGUCGCCGUGGCCUCCGGCGCGGAGCUCCUCGCGUGCGACCGCGCCCCGACGCCGCCGACCGCCGCCGCGGUCGUCGUCGGCAGAUGCGACGGGUUCCUCUUCCGACAGCGGGAAUCCUCGUCGUCGAGCGGCCGGGACGACAGGUUCGCGCCGAGGUUCGACGGGCUGCGGUUCGUCGAGACGCUCGUCACGGCGCACCGCUGAAAUCGCCGGAAGAUCGACCCGUCGGCCGGGCGGCUCCCAGCCGGCACUGUUCAUCAGGGGAUUCUUUCCUACCGCCCUCUUCAUGCGAUUCGCGACAAGAGGCUAGCUGCUACACGGUUAAUUCGGCGAUU